UUGCUUUUAUUUAUUUGUGUGAAUGGGCGCCCAGGUGGAGGUCAGAGGAUAAUUUGUGAAUGUCAGUCUGUCCUCGCCUUCACCCGCUGAGCCAGCUUGACCGCAGAAGAGCCCCCAUGGCAUUCGCAGACUGAGCAGAGGAUCACUUGGUCUCAAGCCGCACCUCAGGAGGGCAGGACGGGUAGUGCUCUGCAUCGCGAGGGGCGGGGCCAGAGAGACCACGCCCCUUCUCUCUGGCGGGGGCCCGCGCGCCCCCGGCCUGGCUGCGGCGCGUGACGCGAGGGCGCGCGGCGACUCGGACGGGUGCAAAUAGCAGCGGAGACCGCGGACGAGCAGGUAGCAUGGCUGCUGCGGCGACGACCACCGGGCUCGAGGCGCCAGAGCCCAUGCCGAGUUAUGCAGAGAUGUUGCAACGAAGCUGGGCCUCGGCGCUGGCCGCAGCACGGGGCUGCGGGGACUGCGGCUGGGGACUGGCGCGCCGCGGCCUGGCGGAGCACGCUCAUCUGGCUGCACCCGAGCUGCUGCUGGCCCUGCUCUGCGCUCUGGGGUGGACAGCGUUGCGCUCAGCAGCCACCACGCGCAUCUUUCGGCCCCUGGCCAAGCGGUGUCGCCUGCAGCCUAGAGACGCGGCUAGGCUGCCUGAGAGUGCCUGGAAGCUUCUGUUCUACUUGGCCUGUUGGAGCUACUGUGCCUACCUGCUCUUGGGCACCAGUUACCCUUUCUUCCAUGACCCGCCCUCUGUCUUCCACGGCUGGAGUUCGGGCAUGGCGGUGCCCUGGGACAUAGCGGUCGCCUACCUGCUGCAGGGGAGUUUCUACUGUCAUUCCGUCUAUGCCACCGUGUACAUGGACAGCUGGCGCAAGGACUCGGUGGUCAUGCUGGUACACCAUGUGGUCACCUUACUCCUCAUCGCCUCUUCCUACGCCUUCCGAUACCACAACGUGGGCCUCCUCGUGUUCUUCCUGCAUGACGUCAGCGAUGUGCAGCUGGAGUUCACCAAGCUCAACAUCUACUUCAAGGCCAGGGGUGGCGCCUACCAUCGAUUGCACGGGCUGGUGGCCAACCUGGGCUGCCUCAGCUUCUGCUUCUGCUGGUUCUGGUUCCGUCUCUACUGGUUCCCACUCAAGGUUCUCUAUGCCACCUGGCACUGCAGCCUGCAGUCUGUGCCUGACAUUCCAUACUAUUUCUUCUUCAACACUCUGCUGCUGCUCCUCCUGGUCAUGAACAUCUACUGGUUCCUGUACAUUGUGGCUUUUGCAGCCAAGGUGCUGACCGGUCAGAUGCGUGAAUUGGAAGACUUGAGGGAAUACGACACUCUGGAAGCUCAGACAGCCAAGCCCUGCAAAGCUGAGUGAGUGAGGCUGGGCCUCAGCCCCUAGCUCCUUCUUUCUGGAACAGCUACUGGUGUGGGCUCCUGGGAAUCCCGGGAGUCCUCAGGGAAAGAGCCUGAAGCAGAGGCUUGGCUGUGUAGUCAGGAAGGAAACAUCUGGGAAUGAGCUAGAGAGAGACCUGGCAGGAAGUUGCUUGCUAGGCCAGAAGAAACGUGCAAGAGACUGGGCCAGGCCCAACCAUGAUCUCCAGCUCCCAAAGGACAGCCAGGGCUCAGGACAACACCAAAGCACUGUCCACCUGGUUCUGUUGGCUUGGAGUCUGGGAUUGGCUCAAGCAGCCAGCAAGAACUGGAACAAUGCUGGGGUCUCAGUGGACCUCUGGGGACCUCACCAACCCUAGUCUGGGCAGACAAACAGGUUUUAGGACAUGUAGCCCCAGGAGACAGUAUGGUAGCAUUGAGUAGGAGCAAGGGCAGGAGGCUGUAGAAAGUUCCAGAAGGUGCAAACCAGCCAGGCCCUGGGAUGCCUUAGCUCAGACACCAGGAGGC